CCCGUCGUGGCUCUGUAGCCUCCCCGUCUUCGUUGCCUUGCUUUUUCCUCCGUCUUUCACUACCCAGCAGUUGCUUUACCCUCGUAAACAGUAGGCCUUGUGCCAGUCGCCAAGGGGACGGCGAGAAGCAUGUUCCUUGCCUUCAUGGAGCACACAGUCCGUGAAGAGUGGACGUUAAGCCGGUGAUUACCAGGUAGCCCUCGGUAGUGUCGGUUGGAGAAUACAAAGACAUAGGAAGGCGCUGGUGUAGUGUGGGGGGCAGGGAGCCCUCCUUGAGGAAGUGAGGUUUGAGUUGGCUCAGAUAACUGUGUUGAUGGCCAUGCAGGAGAAAUACCCAAGGGAGAGGAUCUCUCAUGCCACUUCACCAGGUUCCAGUGUGAUUCAGAAGGGAAGUUCCAUGGGAACUGAAUGGCAGACUCCAGUUAUCUCAGAGGCCUUUCGGAGCCGCUUCAGCCGCUGUUCAAGUGUAGCUGACAGUGGAGACACAGCCAUUGGCACAUCGUGCUCAGACAUUGCGGAGGAUUUUUGCAGCUCAAGUAGCAGCCCUUCUUUCCAACCCAUCAAAAGCCACAUAACCAUUCCAACAGCCCACGUGAUACCUUCUACUUUGGGGACCUCUCCUGCUAAGCCAAAUUCUACACCUGCUGGGCCAUCUUCCUCCAAACUCUCUUUGCCAGGCUUGGCUGAAAGUGUAGCGCUGACAAGAAAUGGAGAUCUUGCUGCAAUGAAACGUUCUCCAGGCCUAUCUAGAGAAUUCAUGUAUCUUUGUGGCGCUACUGGAGAAAAUGGAAUUGAACAGUCCUGGUUUCCAGCAGUGGGCUAUGAAAGAGAAGAAGAGGUGAGGAGGUUUGAUAUUCCCAGCAUGGAGUCUACCCUAAAUCAGUCAGCGGUGAUGGAGACGCUUUAUUCAGAUCCCCACUACCGAGUCCACUUCCACAACCCAAGAACCGAAACAAACAAGGAGUUAUACAAAGUGUUGCCAGAGACCAAGAAGGCACCAGGCAGUGGGGCAGUAUGUGAGCGGAAUGGACCACAUCCUAGCAGCAGUGGGGUGCUCCCUUUGGGACUCCAGCCUGCUCCUGGGCUCUCCAAACCUCUGCCCUCUCAGGUGUGGCAGCCGAAUCCUGACCCUUGGCACCCCCGUGAGCGAUCUUGUGAGCUCAGCACGUGUCGGCAACAGCUAGAGUUGAUCCGUUUGCAGAUGGAGCAAAUGCAGCUUCAGAAUGGAGCCAUCUGCCACCAUCCUGCUGCUUUUGCUCCUUCACUGCCUACAUUAGAACCAGCACAGUGGAUCAGCAUCCUGAACAGUAAUGAACACCUUCUAAAGGAAAAGGAACUCCUCAUUGACAAGCAGAGGAAACACAUCUCUCAGUUGGAGCAGAAAGUGCGAGAGAGUGAACUACAAGUCCACAGUGCCCUUUUGGGCCGCCCUGCUCCCUUUGGGGAUGUCUGCUUGCUGAGGCUGCAGGAGUUGCAGCGGGAGAACACUUUCUUACGUGCACAAUUUGCACAGAAGACAGAAGCCUUGAGCAAAGAAAAAAUUGAGCUUGAAAAGAAACUCUCUACUUCAGAAGUUGAAGUCCAACUCAUCAGAGAGUCACUUAAAAUGGCAUUGCAGAAGCAGUCGGAGGAGGGGAAGAAACAGGAAGAAAGGGUCAAGGGUCGUGAUAAACAUAUCAAUAAUUUGAAAAAGAAAUGUCAGAAGGAAUCUGAGCAGAACCGGGAGAAGCAGCAGCGUAUUGAGACCUUGGAACGCUAUCUGGCAGACCUCCCCACCCUGGAAGAUCAUCAGAAGCAAAGCCAGCAGCUUAAGGAUUCUGAGUUGAAGAGCACAGAGCUCCAGGAGAGAGUAACGGAGCUGGAGAGUUUGCUGGAGGAGACCCAGGCAGCAUGCAGAGAGAAGGAGGUUCAGCUGGAAAGCCUGAGACAGAGAGAAACAGAACUCUCUUCCACUAGACGUAGCCUUCAAGAUAAGCAGUGUGUGGAGAUGACCAGUGGAGAAGGUCUAGCCCAACAGGGAGAAGGUCCAAAAAUGGAAAUGGAGUCCUGGCAAAAGGAAUGUGAUUCUCUCCGAAAGAUUGUGGAGAAGCAACAGCAGAAGAUAGAUCAGUUGCGUUCACAAGUACAGAGCUUAGAGCAAGAAGUGGCACAAGAAGAAGGAACAAGCCAGGCAUUGAAAGAGGAGGCCCAGCGGAGGGAGACAGCCCUGCAGCAGAUGCGCACAGCGGUGAAAGAGCUUUCAGUGCAGAACCAGGACCUGAUUGAGAAAAAUCUGACACUUCAGGAACACCUGCGCCAGGCCCAACCAGGGUCCCCAUCUUCACCAGACACAGCCCAGCUGGCAUCCGAGCUGCACCAGGAGUUGGCCAGUUGCCUUCAAGAUCUGCAGGCUGUCUGUAGCAUUGUGACCCAGAGGGCCCAGGGCCAUGACCCCAAUCUCUCCCUGCUGCUGGGCAUUCACUCUCCACAGCACCCAGAGACUCAGCUAGAUUUGCAGAAGCCAGAUGUGAUCAGGAGGAAACUAGAAGAAGUUCAGCAGCUACGCCGUGACAUUGAGGACUUAAGGACCACCAUGUCAGACAGAUACGCCCAGGACAUGGGAGAAAAUUGUGUCACACAGUGAGGAAUGCUGGGGGUGGGACAGGCUGUAUUCCGCUCCCCGGGAGAAUCUGGUCUGCCGAGGUCCCAUUCCAGCAGGUCCUGCCCUGACAAUCUCUUGCCUCCUCUCUGCUGCUAUUACCAGACAGAAGGGGUGGAGGAGAGCUAAGAGCUGGCAUUCGGGGCUAAGGGCUGUUUUAGGGAACUGUGCCUGCCCUGCCCCACACUGGCCUUGCCUUGUUGGACUGUUUGUCCUGUCAUGCUCAUUCACCCUUUGAAGGUGAGUGACCAGUUAACUUUUGCAGGUUAACUGAUAAGUCCUCACAAACUGUUCCCAGCCCCAGGCCAACAUCAAAGGCAGACAGCGCUCUCUUCCCUUCUCCGUCCUCUGGGAUGGAUCCACAUUCAUUCCCAUUCCAUACUCUGGUCCUGCUGAUACUGAGUUCAUUAAAGGGCCCUGGAAAGGCUGAGUACCAGUAACAUUGGACAUCUGAGGAUUCUCAGGCCCCAUGUGCCAGCCUUCCUGGGAGCGAAGCUGGCUUUCUGGGUUUUCUUAAGCCCAGUCUCACUGCUUUUUCCUCAGGGCUUAUGUUCUCACAGGCAUCCUCAGGGUGAUCUAUUCAUUUGUAAAGUACCCCCUAGAAUUGGGGGCCUAGGGAUUAGAGCCAGGGCUCCUUCAUCUCCUAACAUGCCAUUUUAUAGGAGACCCCACUCUCCAGCUGCUCUGUGCCCUUAGGGCCCUGGCCAUGUGGUUAGCAGAGCCCUCUUUUCCUUUUGUUUCUCAGGCCAUCCAGGUAGUAACCUUCUAGGGCUUUGAGUGCAGACUCUUCUCUGUGAUUCUGGGUUUGGACAGGAUUUUCCCCCAGAAUACCAUAGGGCAGCUGUUAAGCUGUUCACCCCCUACCCCUGGUGCUGGGGUCAGCACCUACCCUCUGAUUUCUGCCAAACUUGUGUUUGGGGGCAGGGGUCCUUUCCCUUUCCUGUUCUGGACUCCUUCAGAGUUCCCAGAGUAUCUAGUACAGGUCGGCUUUAAGGUACAGCUGUCAGUGUUUGUUGUGUUUUUGUUUGUUUCUCUGGGGCCUUUGGACCCUCUGCCUUCUGGUUUCUCUUGCCUCCUUGUUUAGGGAGCAUCUUAAAAUUGUUUGUAUCUGGUUGUUGGGCCAGCCCCAGGCCUCCUUGAGAUCUGGAGCCAGGCCAUGCCAGGGCUGUGUGUGGGUAUGGGGGAGCCUUGAGCAGAGUUCAGGAGCCCAGAGUCAGCCACUGUAAGAUUCUUGCUAAGCUCUGGGCUGUCAGGGCAACAUCCUGGACCUCACUCCCAGGCCUGAGUGAGACUCCUUAAGUGUUUUUACAAAUUCGUGUUUUAUUUAUGGAGUGACUUAGCCUUUUCCAUUCAGAGCGGCCCCACCCAGCCACCCCUCAGCCUCUGGGCUCCUGCCUCGUAAAAGGAGCUGCCUGGUUGGGCUCCACCCUGUAUUGGAAGCCCAGUCACCAUGCUCACGGGUAUUUUUCCUCUUAAAGUUUAUAAGUAGUUAUUUAUAUGAAUCCUUGUUAUGUUAACUGGUUUGUAUUGCCUAUUUUGAUUACAAAAUAAAACAUUUAUCAGAC